GGAAGUUUACGUUCUGUUUUGAACAACGUGCUGCUCGUGGCGGACGCGAGCAGAGAAGCCGGCUGUUGUUAAUGUCUUCGGCGCUGGGCACCUUAGCAGACCAUGUAUUCCGUUUUAAUCAACGCGGUCUUGUCCAGCUCCCCCGACUACGAGCUUUUAUUUGAAUCUCUGUCCUGGCCGAACGAGUCGUGGCCGGAGACGGAGCGAGUGGAGGCUUUGACAGCUUUCAUCGAAGGACUCGGACCCCUUUUAGCCGACGCUGACUCAACUGCGUUAACGGACGAAAAACGGCGGCGUAUUCGAGAUCAAAUCGAGUCCGCCGUCUGGACGAAAUGUCUGCCUUUCCUGUGCAGGAUCUCUGCAGAAGCCGGCGAAGACGUCCGCUGCAGGGAGAGUACGGCUGCUGCCUGCAGGCUCCUGAGCGUCUGCCUCCAUCUGUGCGACGAGGCUGUGUGGAGGAAGGCUGUCACCUCCGUCCUCCCGUCUUUACAGCUGUCAGAAGAGGAGCCGCCCGGUCCGGGGCGACUCAGCGUGGAGGUCGCCAGUGAAGUCAUGGCUGCUUUUAUACCCUUUCUCUCAGAGGAUGAGCAGCUCACACUCGCCACCUUAGCAGCUGCACUGUCCUCCAUCAAAACGCUGCCUGAUGCACUGGCCUCUAAAGUCACAGUCAGGAUAAUCUUGACCCUCCUGAACCGCAUCAGCGGCGUGACGUUACAAAGCAUCCUCAAGGUGAUCCUGGAUGAUCUGUGCAGCUGGCACUCCACCAGCCCCGGCCCCGUGGUGACGGAGAGGACUCUGCUGUGUCUGACCGCCUUGUCGGACCACCUUCUAAAACCUCACAGCCUGCCCUCUUCCCCUUCCCCUUCCCCUUCCCCUUCCCCUUCCUCUUCCUCUUCCUCAUGCGAGCCUGACCCCCGCCUGUACCUGCAGUUCUGGAGGAUGGUCCAGGACGGACUCAUUCACAGAGACAGUCUGUCUCGGAAGAGGGCGUUGUACCUGCUGAAGAGGUGUGCAGCCUUGUCGGAAGAGGAGGGUUUGCCCUGUCCUCUGUCUCCAUCAAGCGAAGGUGAGAUCGCCACCCCAGCUUCAGGUUGUAUGGCUUGUUUUUGUUUAACAAAUCUAUCUCUUGUGUCAGACGAGACCUUGUUCAAAUGGGACCCAAACAAGAGCAAGUUGCUUAGAGAGUUCUGGGAGGAUUACGCGCUGGUGAUGGAAACGCUGGAGGAAAACCAGGUUCAUGUCGUCCGGCCAGUUUUGAACAGAAUAGACACGUUGAUCCAAACUACAGUGAAUGAUAGUCAAGGUCACGGCCUCUUCCAUCCCUCCUGGCUGCUGUGUGUGUACCAGCGCAUGUUCCACAGUGAGAAUAAAUCCUUAAUGAAAGAGGGAGUGUGUCAUCUCCUCGAGCUGCAGGUCCUCCAGCAGCCGACCUUUGCUUCAGCCUUUUCUCAGUUUAUUGUCGGCCCCUUUAUGGAUGUUCUCUCUGAGACUUCACUCUUCUACAGAUCAGCUGGUCAGAGUGUAGGAGACUGUCCUGAGCUGGCGGUAAAACUCCAAGUCUUUAUGACGACUUUCUUCAGCAGUCUGCCGUCAGAGGAAAGAGGUAGCGUGUUCCAUCAGCUGAUUCAGCAGCUUGGCUCUAAGCACUGGUGUGCAGUACCCCUCCUCUUCCUCUCACAGGCUCUGUCCAAGCUCCCCCCAAAUCCACUGCUGGGUAUGACUGGACUCACCACUCUGAGAGAGAUGCUUCGCUGCACCAUGAUUACCCAUCAAGUCCUGUUGAGAGGAGCUGCCCAGUGUUUCCUGCUGAACAGCGCCCUCUGUCUCACAGUGGUGAAUGAAGUGACUCUCGAUGAUGUUUUUAGUUUCCUGAUGCAUUUCCGUGUAGACGAGUCACUGUGUAGAGGGACGCCACUGUGGAAUCAGUUGUGUACCUGGCUACUGGACAACGAAGGCAGUUUUAAACCCAGCAUCACGGAUGUUGACUGCAGUGAUGCCUCCUCAAAGACACUAACUGUAAGAGCUUAUGUUGAAGGUGAAAUACUCGCCUAUCUCCGAGUCCCAGCCAGCACCGGUCAGACUGAGAGGUUACCUGACUCCAGAGAGGCCGAUAAAUUGGCCAGGGCCGUUCUGCUGUGCGUGGAUAUGGAGAGGAUUCGACCCGGGGCAGAGAUCAGAAACACUCUGGAGUCACUGCUGUCUCCCCUGCUGGACACCCUGAGCAGAGUCAGCACCAAUAUCUACUUGCCUCUGCAGAAGAGUGACAAGAGCCUGCAGCUGCUGCUCAGACUGUUGCAGCACGGAGCAAUGCCAGAUGGUGUCGGAGUGGAGCAAGGGGAUAGUGUCACGGUUGCCAUGGAGAAGGAAAUUUUGAAGCUCGUCGAUCCAAUCCUGGGCUUUAUCUUGAGGCGACUGUGCGGAGAACUGCAGGAGCUGUUCGACGUGGAGCGAGCUGAGUUGUAUCUUUGCGUCCUGAGGCAACUGUUUGUCAUGUGCAGCACCGCACCGCAGCUCCGCAGGAACAUUCAGCACGACGCUUUCCCCAAACUCAUAAAGUACGGCCUCACGAUCCUGGAAGAACCGAGCCAGCAGAUCCCUUCUGUGGCAAACCAGGUGGCUAAAGCGGUUGCUAUGGCAUCCCUGGCUGCAGUGUGUGGUCUCAUGGAGCACAGCACGUCCGACAUGCAACCAGAGACCAGCUCUGUUCUGAAAUCUCUGAAUUACUACUUCUACAGUCCAUUUUCCUCUUCCUCAAAAAGUCAAACAACUCUUGGAAAUGUUAAUAAAUGUCUGAGGAAACCAGGAUGUUUGAGUGAUCUGGAAGCACAAGGUCUCCUGCAGCAGGACUGGGGGCGCAUCGCUGCCAAUUUUAUGCGGGACCAGUGGAUUUGUCUGAACUUCCUGAUUGGUGCUGUCAGGAUUCCUGAGUCUGCAGAGAUUCCCGUAGCGUCCCAGACUCUUAAAGCCGCUCUGAGUUGCAGUGUGGAGGCCCUGGCUCUCUCUCCCAGUGACCUGGUGCUGCCUGUGCUCACCUUUAUGGAGACGGCGCUGCCACAAUUAGUGCACAACGAGGAGGCCCUCUGCGUGGAAGCCGUGACUCUGAGCUGGCAGCUGGUGCAGGGCCUGAGCACGAACGCCCACGACUUCUGGCCAGCCUUGAAAGGCUUCGUCUCCAUGGCUUUCCACCGCAAACUGCUCAGGACGACGCACGCUCAGGCCCCGACCCUUACGGUCACCUUGAAACAAAUUUCCACUGAUCUCAUGGAGCUGUCUCAAUCCAAGAGCGGAGUGUUUGGCGUGCUGCUUCAGCACUGCUGUGAGGUGUGGCUGCCCGUGGAUCCAGGCAGCAGUGGGCAGGAUGACGCUGUGUUUUCUAGUGUUUUCAGCCACAUCAGUAUUCUCACUGAGGCUUGUGUCUACGGGCCCGUGUUCAGGAGAGACCAGAGACUCGUCCAGGAUGUCCAAAUAUAUGUGGAGCAACUUGGUGAAGAGUGUGCAGCUAAUGUCGCAGUAACAUGUGAUAGUAGAGAUGAUCAGCUGCCACGCACAUGUGUGCUGGCUUUCCUUAGCCGCCUGGACUCCUCUGAUCUGCAGCAUCAAAGACUGAUAGAGGAACUGGUUCUGGAUUUGCUGAAAAGAGACAAUGACAUAUCAAAGUCAAAAGUACGCUACUAUAGCAACUCUCUGCAGCAUCGCGUCAAAAACCGCGUGUGGCAAACACUGCUGCUGCUGCUGCCUAAACUCAGAGAGGAGUUUGUUGCCACUUUGCUGAGCCGUGUGUUUGAAGCUGGAUUUUGCAGCAACCAGGCCUCGGUCAAAUAUCUCAUCGAGUGGAUGAUGAUUCUGAUCCUCGUUCGGUAUCCACAGCACAUGGAGAGCUUCUGGAGAUGCUUCAACAUGGAUCAGGAAAAGACAAAGACAAGCAUCUGUACCUUCCUAUCAGUCUUGGUUCACUUUAACAUCAUCAUGCCCAAUCUUAAUGAUAAGGCAGCACAGUUGCGAAAAGCCCUAGACGUCGUCUUGCAGUCAUGUUUCAACCAUAACUUCAGUGUGCGCCUGUAUGCCUUACUGGCCCUGAAGAGGGUGUGGAGCCUGGCAGAAAGCCAGGUAGAAGAAGAUGCUUUGGGAGGGUUAUCGUCUGUGGUCAAGGCCUGUCUGAACCAAGCUGAGGCCAUGCAGCGCACCGGAAAUGCCAACAAGAACUGGACGAGGAUCCAGGAGCACUUCUUCUUUGGUGCCUUCCAUCCUAUUAGAGACUACAGUGUUGAGACUAUUUUCUGUAGUUUUCCCAGUCUGUCAGAGUUGGCCGACGAUGAGUGGAUACCUCCCUGGAAGUUUGAGAAGCUGUCAUGUUUCUCCGAAAAUCCAUCGCUUCCCUUGAGAAAUCCUGUUCCUGACUUGAACCAGCUGCAGCCUGGAGACUGGAUCCAGCAAGACAGAAGUGAGCAGGAGAAGGAGGAGCGCUGGGCCGACGUGCAGAAGAAGAUCACCCCCUGGAGGCUGGGCAUCCAGGAGCAGGAACCCGAGCUUCACCUGGUUCCCCCAGAGAGGGCGGCUCGACUGGGCAAACUGCACGGCGCCCUGCUGGUCGUGGCCUCGCUCAUCGAUAAGCCCACCAAUUUGGGAGGACUUUGUCGGACAUGUGAGAUAUUUGGCGCCAGCGCUCUGGUCCUGGACAGCCUCCGCCACGUGAGCGACAAACACUUCCAGUCCCUGAGCGUCUCCUCUGAGCUGUGGCUUCCUUUGUUAGAGGUGAAGCCUUUGGAGCUCACUGAUUUCUUGCAGGUGAAGAAGAGCGAAGGGUACUGUAUUGUCGGAGUGGAGCAGACGGCCAACAGCCACAGCCUCCAGGACUACCAGUUCCCCGAGAAGACCCUGCUCCUCCUGGGCAAUGAACGGGAGGGCAUUCCUGCCAACCUCCUCCAGAUGUUGGACGUGUGCGUGGAGAUCCCCCAACAAGGGGUCAUCCGCUCUCUCAACGUGCAUGUGAGCGCUGCCCUGUUGAUUUGGGAGUACACACGUCAGCAUCUCGCCUCCUCCGCCUGAGCUGACGUCAACUCAGGACUCAACUGAAGAAGAAACCGCAGGUGACCCGACAUCAGACGGUCUUGAUGCCGACUUCACCCAUCACAUGUGAAGAAGAAGAGUUUGUGAAGAGUUUUAUGGAGAUGUUGAACAAUGAACUUGAGCUUCUGUGUGUGAAGACUCUUGCUAAACCUAAAAUUCAAAUACAUCUUUAAAUACUGCUAUUGGUUUUUAUUUUCUGUAUUCACAUGUUUUUAUUAUUUUUGAAGUUGUAUUAUUUUUUAAAUACAUUCAAAUAAAUAAAACUGUUUUUAA